CCUGAUGCAAUCCAUUCAAGCCAACAAGUUUGGAGAGAAUGUUGAGUUCAAUCAAUUCAGAACGUCGAGAUGGAGCCCAACUCACUCCAGUGGGUCGGCUCACCGUGUGGCUUGCACGGACCUUACAUUUUCUACAAGGCUUUUCAAUUCCACCUUGAAGGCAAACCAAGAAUUUUGUCCCUUGGCGACUUUUUCUUUGUAAGAUGUACGCCAAAGGAUCCGAUUUGCAUAGCGGAGCUCCAGCUGUUGUGGGAAGAAAGGACCAGCCGGCAACUUUUAUCCAGCUCUAAACUUUAUUUCCUCCCUGAAGACACUCCCCAGGGCAGAAAUAGCGACCAUGGCGAGGAUGAAGUCAUUGCUGUUUCUGAAAAAGUGAUUGUGAAGCUUGAAGACCUGGUCAAGUGGGUACAUUCUGAUUUCUCCAAGUGGAGAUGUGGUCUCCAGGCUGGGCCAGUGAAAAAGGAAGUCUUGGGAAGAAAUGGACAGAAGGAAGCUCUGCUGAAGUACAGACAGUCCACCCUCAACAGUGGACUCAACUUCAAAGACGUUCUCAAGGAAAAGGCUGACCUUGGGGAAGACGACGAAGAAACAAAUGUGAUCGUUCUCAGCUACCCUCAGUACUGCCGGUACCGCUCUAUGCUGAAACGCAUCCAGGAUAAGCCAUCUUCUAUUCUCACAGACCAGUUUGCAUUGGCCCUGGGGGGCAUUGCAGUGGUCAGCAGGAACCCCCAGAUCCUGUACUGUCGAGACACGUUUGACCACCCCACUCUCAUAGAAAAUGAGAGUAUAUGCGAUGAGUUUGCGCCAAAUCUUAAAGGCAGACCACGCAAAAAGAAAGCAUGCCCACAGAGAAGAGAUUCCUUCAGUGGAGUUAAGGAUUCCAACAAUAAUUCCGAUGGUAAAGCUGUUGCCAAGGUGAAAUGUGAGGCCAGGUCAGCCUUGGCCAAGCCGAAGAAUAACCACAAUAACUGUAAAAAAGUCUCAAAUGAAGAAAAACCAAAGUUGGCCAUUGGUGAAGAGUGCAGGGCAGAUGAGCAGGCCUUCUUGGUGGCACUUUAUAAAUACAUGAAAGAAAGGAAGACGCCAAUUGAAAGAAUACCCUAUUUAGGUUUUAAACAGAUUAACCUUUGGACUAUGUUUCAAGCUGCUCAAAAACUGGGAGGAUAUGAAACAAUAACAGCCCGCCGCCAAUGGAAACAUAUUUAUGAUGAAUUAGGUGGUAAUCCUGGGAGCACCAGCGCCGCCACUUGUACCCGCAGGCAUUAUGAAAGAUUAAUCCUACCUUAUGAAAGGUUUAUUAAGGGAGAGGAAGAUAAGCCCUUGCCUCCAAUCAAACCUCGGAAACAGGAGAACAGUUCACAAGAGAAUGAGAAUAAAACGAAAGUAUCAGGAAACAAACGCAUCAAACAUGAAAUACUUAAGAGCAAGAAAGAAAAAGAGAAUGCACCGAAAGCCCAGGAUGCAUCUGAGGUUUCAUCAGAGCCCGAGAAAGAACAAGAGUCUUUAAACCAGAAAAGCAGCGCAGAACCUCUUGUGGCAGCAGAUGUGAAGAAAAAGGCAGAAGGUUACCAGGAUUUUGCAGCAAGGUCCCUGGCAUCUAGAACAGACCCAGAGAAGGACAAUGAAACAGACCAAGGUUCUAACAGUGAGAAGGAGGCUGAGGAGGUGGGCGAGAAGGGGCCUGCAGCUCCAUUCCCCAGCACACCCCUGGCUCCAGAGAGGGACCCAGCCCCCAUCCCUGGGGCUGGCAAACAGUCCCUGGCCUCUCCUGCUGCCCCCGUGGAUACAAAGCAGGAAUCCAAAUCCUGCUGUUUUACAGAGAGCACUGAAAAUGACCUCCAAGAUGCAUCCUUUCCUGGCUUCCCCACCACGCAGCCACCACUGGCAAACCAGAAUGAGAUCGAGGAUGACAAACUGCCUGCAAUGGCGGAUUACAUUGCCAACUGCACUGUGAAGGUAGAUCAGCUAGGCAGUGACGACAUCCACAAUGCACUAAAGCAGACCCCAAAGGUCCUUGUGGUCCAGUCAUUUGACAUGUUCAAAGACAAAGACUUGACUGGGCCCAUGAAUGAAAACCAUGGACUGAAUUACACACCCCUGCUCUAUUCCAGGGGCAACCCAGGCAUCAUGUCCCCACUGGCCAAGAAAAAGCUUUUGUCCCAAGUGAGUGGGGCCAGCCUCUCUAGCAGCUACCCCUACGGCUCCCCACCCCCUUUGAUCAGCAAAAAGAAACUGAUUGCCAGGGAUGACUUGUGUUCCAGUUUGUCCCAGGCCCACCACAGCCAAAGCACUGACCACAUGGCAGUCAGCAGGCCAUCAGUGAUUCAGCAUGUCCAGAGUUUCAAAACCAAGCCCUCAGAGGAGAGGAAGAGCAUCAGUGAUAUUUUCAAGCAUGACAAACUGAGUCGAUCAGAUGCCCACCGCUGUAGCUUCUCCAAGCAUCAUUUUAACUCCCUGGCUGACUCCUAUGUCUUGAAACAAGAAAUUCAGGAGGGCAAGGAUAAACUCUUAGAGAAAAGGGCACUCCCCCACUCCCACAUGCCUAGCUUCCUGGCGGAUUUCUACUCCUCCCCACAUCUCCAUAGCCUCUACCGACAUACGGAACACCACCUUCAUAAUGAACAGUCAUCCAAGUACGCUUCCAGGGACGUGUACAGGGAGUCAGAAAACAGUUCUUUCGCUUCCCACAAACACCAAGAAAAGCUCCACGUAAAUUAUCUCGCGUCUCUUCAUCUUCAAGACAAAAAGUCAGCCACAGCAGAAUCCUCUACAGAUGAUCAGCCAACGGAUCUGAGCCUCCCCAAGAACCCACACAAACUGACCAGUAAGGUCCUGGGCCUGGCCCACUCAGCCAUGGGGCCCCAAGAGAGCAAGGGCAUCUCCCAGUUCCAGGUCAUCAGCAGCCAGAGUCGAGACUGUCACCCCAAAGCCUGUCGGGUUUCACCCAUGACCAUGUCGGGUUCUAAAAAAUACCCCGAAUCACUUUCAAGAUCAGGAAAAUCUCACCAUGUGAGACUAGAGAAUUUCAGAAAGAUGGAAGGCAUGGUCCAUCCUAUCCUACAUCGGAAAAUGAGCCCUCAGAACAUUGGUGCUGCGCGUCCCAUAAAACGCAGCCUGGAGGAUUUGGACCUUGUGAUUGCUGGGAAAAAGGCCCGAGCAGUGUCUCCCCUGGACCCGGCCAAGGAGGCGUCCGGGAAGGAAAAGUCUUCUGAGCAGGAGAGUGAAGGCAGCAAGGCCACCUAUGGAGGGCAUUCUGGUGGAGGAUCAGAAGGCCACAAGCUACCCCUGUCCUCCCCAAUCUUCCCAGGUUUGUAUUCUGGGAGCCUGUGUAACUCGGGCCUCAACGCCAGGCUCCCAGCUGGAUAUUCUCACUCUCUGCAGUACUUGAAAAAUCAGGCUGUGCUUUCUCCACUCAUGCAGCCUCUGGCUUUCCACUCGCUUGUGAUGCAAAGAGGAAUUUUUACAUCACCAACAAAUUCUCAGCAGCUGUACAGACACUUGGCUGCGGCCACACCUGUAGGAAGUUCGUAUGGGGACCUUUUGCACAACAGCAUUUACCCUUUAGCUGCUAUAAAUCCUCAAGCUGCCUUUCCACCUUCCCAGCUGUCGUCCGUACAUCCUAGUACAAAACUGUAAACCCAGCUCAGUCCAGCAUCCCAAACCGGCAUGGCUCACGGAGCGUCACAUCCUGCUUGGAGUGAUGGCUCCCAGAGUUGGAAGCCAGUAUUUCUUCUAAUCUGGGGAUACAAUUAGUCCCAGUCAUCAAGGCCAAUUUUUCUGGGACAGUUCUAGCCUUGGAUGGUCAGUCUUGACCCCCUUCCAGUACGGAUGCCCUCGCACCUCCAGAUCAUUCACUUCAUACGUGGGUCUUGUGAAGGGAUUUAUGCAUAUCCAGGAAGAACUUAGAGGACCCCAGCUGAGUUCAGAUGGUCAGAAAGCAAUCUGGGCCAAAAAAAGGGAGAAGGCUUUUCAAAGGAAGGGGCAAGAAAGACUGGCAAACACAGCCAAGGGAUGCCCCUCUUUUCAUAAAACUCUCCAAGUUUCAAUCAAUGCAAUGUAUAGUGAAUCUUCAAUAGAUCUUUCAUUUUGACACUAUUAAAGAAACCAGAGAAGUAAACACUGUUAAAUUGACUGUAUAUAUUUGGUUCUUAAACUACCCAUAUCACUGUUUGCUCACCUAAUUUAUAUACAGGUAGUUCCAUUUUCUUCCAGUUCCUUCUUGUCUUUUUUAUUU